AUGCAUUAGAAUGACUAUGAAUAUAAAUAUGGAUUUUAGUAGGAAGCAGAAGUUUUAUAUUAGAUUAUGAAACAUCCAAAUGGAGCUAGCAUUAAGCUGUAGCCUCCCGUCACAGUUCACAUCAAAUAUCCAUCAGAGACGGAUUGUUUCCCUUCUUCUGCUUCUCCUUUAUCCUCAUUUGAAUAAUUACAGGUCAGCCAAAGUACAUGUUAGUGCCAAAACAUAAACACGCUUAAAAGUUCUUUUAAAAAAGUAGCUUUAUAUCCCACAGGAGCUGCGGUUUUUAGGAAAAUUAGAGUUUAAAAGGUUUUGGUCAAACUGAAAAUAUUUCUUUUAAUCUUUGUAGUAAAACAUGAAGAAAACGCACACAGACUGGUGCAUUUAUGGCUGUUAGAGGAAAUGGAUAAGUGGGAGUUUGAAGCCAAACUGAAAUAGUUGAUUAAACAUGUAAUUAAUAAAAUAAAAAUAAUACAGCAAUGAGCAAUCAUUACAAAAAUAAUUAAAACAAUAUUUAGUUUAUUUACUGAAUAUUCUGGAGGCGUUUGAUUUGAUUGGCAGCUACAGUUUAAGGAACAGAAUAAAGAUUUGAACAUCUUUACGAUUAUCCAUCUGCAGUCAUUUUGGAUGUUAAAAACUUUACUGAUUUCUGUGGGAAUUACGAUAUUUGACUGUUAUUUAUCAGUGCUGCAAGUGUACUCCUAAUAUCUACCCUGCUCCUGCUGCUAAAAUGCAGACGUUUAUGUACACAUAGAUCCUUUCUUUGUCGGGUUUUGUUAGAUGUAUCUUUUCAGUUUUAUCUUCGGUGUCUGAAUGAAAUUUCAUUCUCCAAUUGGGGUAUCUAUGCUUUUUCGUACUUGCAAAAUAAAUUAGAAAAAGACAUUGUUCUUCAGAUGAGUUCAGUUUAGUCUAAAUGUGAAGCGGCCUUGUCCUCUUUGGGUUACAUUAAAGUUAAAGCUCUAUGGAGAAAAACCACUGAAGGGCUCUCUGAUGCAUCUGCAUGAAUUUGACUGGAACAGGAAUACACUGCCUGCUGUUGUUUGACGCCACACACAAAUUUGACUGGUAAAUGCAGCGUGUUGGUGUUUCUGCAGCCGCCGCUCGCUUCAUUUCCACCACCUGACUCAUCUCCAUCUGUUAUUUCUUGUCUGUUUGGACGAGAUGAAAAAAAUCAAUUAAAAAAAUAAUGUGACAUUGAUUUAAUUUAACUGAAACAUCCUGGCUCUUUGGUUAGCCCUGCUUUUCCUUUGGUACCACUUACAGGGUGCGGCUCACUUCCUCUUGGCCUCUGAAAGGCUCUUUUGUUACUUUUCCCCUCUGAUGCUACAUAUUUAUGUAUCGACCUGUCUGACGACACAGACGGGACUCAGUCUAAAGGUGGAGAUGGUGACAUCAGCUGCAGGUCACAGUUAGUGAUGUUCCUCCCCUGACCUGAUUACACACCACUUUGGUGUUGGUGCAAGACAAAGAGAGAAGUGAGACGCUUCAGGUGGGAGUAAAAAGACGAUUUUUGUUUUUUCCUUGCCACAAAUCUUUAUAGAAGACUUUUUGGGUUCCUCUCAUCUCUUUGUGGCCACCAUGCCAAAUUACACGGUGACCAUUGCCACGGGGAACCAGUGGUUCGCAGGGACUGAUGACUACGUCUACAUCACGCUGGUGGGCUCGGAGAAAUGCAGCGAGAGAACGCUGCUCGACAAGCCUCUGUACAACGACUUUGAGAGGGGGGCGGUGGACUCCUACGACGUGAGAGUUGGCGAGGACCUGGGCGACAUCGUGUUGGUGAAGAUCGAGAAGAAGAAAUACUGGAUGCAGGACGACUGGUACUGCAGGUACGUCACAGUCAAGACCCCAGAUGGAGACUACGUGGAGUUCCCCUGCUUCCGCUGGCUGGUGGAUGACAAGGAAGUGGUGCUGCGGGAUGGACGAGCUUUUCUGCCUCAGGAUGAUAAAACCAGCCUGGUGAAGCAGCACAGACAGAAAGAGUUAGACACCAGGAGAAAAACCAUCAGGUGGAAGGAGUGGCAGCCGGGCAUUCCCAUGAGCAUCGACUCAAACAAACACAGAGACCUGCCCAGAGACAUCCAGUUUGACAGCGAGAAAGGAGUCGAUUUCAUCCUCAACUACAGUAAGGCAAUAGAGAACCUGUGUGUGAACCGGUUCAUGCACAUGUUCCAGUCUUCGUGGAGUGACUUUGGAGAUUUUGAGAAAAUCUUUGUGAGAAUCAAAAACACAAUCUCAGAGUAUGUGAUGCAACACUGGAAGGAAGAUUUCAUGUUUGGGUAUCAGUUUCUGAAUGGCUGCAACCCGGUGUUGAUCAGGAAGUGCACCAAACUCCCUGACACGUUCCCUGUCACUCAUGAGAUGGUUUCCGUCAGUCUGGAGAGGGAAAUGACCCUGGAGCAGGAAAUGGAGGCAGGUAACCUCUACAUCGUGGACUUUGAGAUCUUGGAGGGCAUCAGUGCAAACUGUACAGACCCGCAGACGGUUCAGUACCUGGCGGCUCCUAUCUGUCUGCUCUACAAGGGCGUGCAAAACAAGAUCCUGCCCAUAGCCAUACAGCUUGGCCAGAAUCCAGAUAAAAACCCAAUUUUCCUCCCCACUGAUGGUCAAUAUGACUGGCUGCUGGCUAAGAUCUGGGUCCGGUCAGCUGACUUUCAGUACCACCAGAACGUCACACACCUACUCAGGACACAUCUGAUAACAGAGGUGUUUGCCAUCGCCAUGUUUAGACAGCUUCCUGCCGUUCACCCCGUGUUUAAGCUACUCAUUCCACACAUUCGUUUCACCAUCGCCAUCAACACCAAGGCCAGAGAGCAGCUCAUCUGUGAGCAUGGGAUCUUUGACAAGGCCAAUGCAACAGGUGGAGGUGGUCAUGUCCAGCUGAUCCAGAAGGCCACAAAGGAUCUGACCUUCAGGUCUCUCUGCUUCCCUGAUGCGAUCAAGAGUCGCGGCGUAGACAGCGAGGAGGACCUGCCCACCUAUUUCUACAGAGAUGAUGGCUACAAGGUGUGGGACGCCACCAAAAGCUUUGUGUCUGAUGUGGUGAGUAUUUACUACAACAGCGAUGAAAGGGUGAGGGAAGACGAGGAGAUCCAGGCCUUUGUUAAAGACGCCUGCAGCUUCGGCAUGCAGGAUUUUGAUCAUUGUGAGUUUCCCAAGUCCCUGAAAUCACUUGACGAGCUGAUCGAGUACUUGACCGUUGUUAUUUUCACGGCUUCUGCCCAGCAUGCAGCGGUGAACUUUGGGCAGUAUGACUGGUGUUCCUGGAUUCCCAAUGCUCCAUCCACCAUGAGGAAGCCCCCCCCACAGGAGAAGGGCCUGGCAAACGUGAACACAAUCAUCGAGACGCUGCCGGAUCGUGGUCGUUCCAGCUGGCACCUGGGGGCCGUUUGGGCCCUCAGCCAGUACCAGGAGAAUGAGCUCUACCUGGGCAUGUACCCUGACGAACACUUCAUCGAGAAGCCGGUGAAGGCGGCCAUGGAGAAGUUCAGGAAGAAGCUGUCAGAGAUAACCGGCUUCAUCAAGGGCAGGAACGAGGGAAAGAAGCUGCCAUACUACAACAUGUCCCCUGACAAAAUCCCCAACAGUGUUGCUGUUUGAGGAAUGAAACUCUUCAUGUUUAAAAAAAAUAAACCACUUCAAAGUGAUUCAGAUACUUGGAUCUGCUGAAAACAUUUUCCUUUGUUUUCCUCAUCACCAUUCGCUUGUUUCACUAGCCGAGUCUGAUCAGAGGCAGGAUGGGUUUUGUUUCUGCUAUGAAAGAGAUUGAAGAUGAAAUUACAAUUUGCUUGCAUAAUAAGCUAAAGCUGAGCAUUUUUAAUAUAAAACAUCUAACUGCAGGCCUCAUGAGGCUUUGAAAGCACAAUUAAACGUUAGUACAAAUUCUGACUGAAAAAUAAACUGAAUUACUUGCAUAAAAGCCUGGACUUUUUUUGUAAUCUAACAAAUAAUGGAGCUUCAAACUAAUCAAGAAUUUUCACAAAAAGGACACAAAAAGAACGACGAACUGGAAAAAAGACUCAAUUUUUAUUUGGUUCUUUUUAAUUCUACAUUAUUUGCUCAAUCGGCAACAAACUGAAAUCACAUCGACAAUUUUCAUAAAAACAGAAUAACUUUUUUUGUUGCUUUUCUUUUCUUUACAGUCACCAUCUCAAAGUAACUUCACAGACGAACAUGUGGAAUGAUAUAAGACGGGGCAACAGUCGUAAUAUGUUCAAGCCCAGUCAGUAGUAAACAAAUGUAGCUUUUAUGCAAGUUACACAAGUCCCAAACGAGAUCGGAUUCAGCAGCUGGCUGGGAAAAAAAACAUAAUAAAGAAAAAUCAUAUUAUUAAAGAUGGAAGUCACACUAAAUUAAUAAAGAUCAGUUUCCCAGAUAUGCAGAGACCACAAAUCUGAGCGGUGAGGAUCGUAUUUUAUGCUUUUAUUUCCAGGUGGUCUCGAUUUUCAUCAAAACUUUCCAGGAGCCCGCUCCUGUGAGUUGAAUCUAAAACAACGUUACAAAAAAAAGUCGUCCUACAUGAUCCUAAUUUUAUUUUCCAUCUCCAGAAAACUGACUUUAGCCAAAAAUUAUUUCAUUUAUCCAAAAAGAAACUGUGUAAAUUGCAUAAAAUUACAAACGAGAGGACGAAGCAAACCCUUAUCUGAUAAAAUAAAUACAACUCGAAAAUAAAGAAGCUUGUUUUAAUAUCCAGGACACCCUGGACAUUAAACACCGGUUCGUAACUAGAAUAGAACAACAACAACAAAAAAAGGGUAAUUGCACUUUUUAUCUGUCUAACUGCACCGAGCCUGGAGGGAGGUGAACUUUCUGAGAAGCUUCUCGUUACUCCGUCUUAAUCAAACCUGACACACACAACUCCCUCGGCUCAUGACGUCUAUUAAGAUGAUACCAGACUGCAGAUCUCAAAUCAUCACGGGGCGUCUACAUAAAUACAAUAUGCAUCUUCACAAAGAACAAAACAAAGCACUGCUUUUUUAUUGCUUCUGCAGUGCGGGACUUUUUAGGUACAUUGUUGGACUGUCAUUGGUCACAGGCCGUGUAUUAUCUGUGACAGCAAAAAAAAAAAAAAAAAAAAAAAAAAAAACAUAACCAAAAAAGUAAAACGUCUAAUGCUGGGAUGGCUGCGAGGCCUUGCAUUGUUUUGUUUGGACUAAAACAAAAAGCACUUUCGUGAGUUUAAACCCAGAAAUGCCACACCUGCAGAAAUCAACUACACCUGGUCUCAAAUUCAGCUCCACACCAGCAGGUGGAGCUCCAGUCCACUCCUAAUAAAAAAAAAAUCCCGUUUCCAUCACAGGUGGUGGAUGUAUAGAGAAAUGUGGAGAUCUUUUAUUUUGAAAGAGCCACAUGAGGCCAGACAGGACAGAAGAUGGCUGUCUGAUGAUAAAUGUGAUAAAAGACGGAUGUUAACGGUGUGGGAAAGUAUAAAAAAGGCAACAAGAGGGAAUCUGUUACCUCUGCAUUCCAAAGUGAAAUCGGUGUUGAAUUUAAGACAAAAAUAAGAUGAAAUCUAGAUAUUCUGACCAGCAGAUACCAAUUUAAAAAGCCACAAUUAUAAAUCUGCUUGUGAAAGUUUAAUUAGUCCACAUCUGCCUGGUGGAAGCAACAAAGAGCCUGAAAACAGGGAGCCGUCAACUUCUCCAGGCGCACAAAAUUACCCAUCACUAAGCACACUAAAAACUGCACAUGGAAUAUCACACUGUAAAUACUGUGUUGUUCACAAGACAGGAAACAAAAGCAUAACGCUGUAUGUAGACAAAGGCUCGCAUUACCUUCUCAGGACAUGGGAAUUAGUCUCGCAACUUCUGGUUGCUAGUAAAAAAAAUAUUUUUUUCAUUCUUUUAUUUGUGUUUUUGAUCGUUUUUUUUAAAAAAAGGUUACAUUCUCAAAGCCUUCAGAAAGCUUGUGUUGGGCAGGAGUCGUCAUGUGGCCAACAAGUCCAACUCCACCUGCUUCCUUCAGGUUUGCUUCUGUUGUGUGUGCCAUCCAAGGGUAAAUCUGCAGGAGCGUUUGUGUACUUGAGGAAAAGUUUGACUGUGCUCUCCUCAACGAACAGCGUGCAAGAUUCAGGUCGUUCUAUAAAGAAAAACACGAAAAGAGGAGGAAAACUAGAGGAAGGGAGUGGAUGUUUUGUUGUGGAAACAGAAAAAUAAAAGUGCUCGAUUGCAUGUCCGAAGCCGAGUCAGAGUCCGGUUCAGACCGGAGCGGAGAUGGCAGUAUCCGGAAUGCUCCAGAGAGUCGACGCAUGGCGCUACAUUGAUCCAGUUUAGCCCAAAACUCAUGAGGUAAAGAAUAAAAGGGAACUUUUCAAACAAACCCACAAGCAUAGAAGGAAUCAGACCUGUGAAGUCUGUCCGAGUUCUGCUCAUCUGAAGGUGGACACACAGACGUGUACGCUCCAGACCUGGGAAAGAAAAGAUGAUCCAGAGCAGGAGGAGGAAACGUGACAAGUAGAGAGGAGUCGGAGGAGAGUGGCUCAGUCUGGGAUCAGAGGGAGAAGAGAGGGCAUCACAGAGCAUUCCCAGCACCGCUACUCCUCACUGUUGGUCUGUUUGUGUUGGAAAACCAAGAAAAUGGACUUGCUGUCAGACGUGGAGCACCUCCAUACUGUAGUCCUCUGUCUCUGUGUACUGGGAGGAGUUUGUGUCCGACUGGGUGGGGGCCAGCGCCUCCUUGCACUCCAGACUUGGCUCCAUAAGCGGUGGCUUCUCCAGUGCCAGCUUUUUACAUUCAUCCGGCCGGUU